AUGGACGACGGCGAACAGUAUCACGUUGCUGACGAUGCCACGGGCAGGGAAGGCGUUCAAGUGUCUCUUCCAAGUGGCCGUGAGCUUGAGCUUACCCUGCACUCGACUUGGGGUGACCCGCACUAUGUAGGCUUGACGGGCAUUGAUGUGUUUGAUUCCAGUGGCCAGUGUAUCACACGCCAAGCUUCCGUGCACGCGGUGCCCGAGAGUCUUCGGCACAUACCGGGGCAUGAGGCUGAUCCACGGGUGGCUGCCAACCUGAUCGACGGAGUCAACCGCACAUGCGACGAGUUGCAUAUGUGGCUUGCGCCAUUCAUGGCUACCAUCGACUCGCCACCCGUGGUCCGCUUGACGUGGGCCCAGCCAAUUACGAUUGGCGCGCUGCGGCUGUGGAAUUACAACCAAAGUCGAAUUCAUUCACAUCGCGGAGCACGUCAAGUUUCCAUGCGAUUGGAUAAAAAAUGCAUUUUUACGGGCGAGAUUCGCCAGGCAUCGGGGCAUAUGGGCUUGAACGACCCCGACGGGUUUGGCGACCUUAUCCUGUUCACCACGGAUGAGCAAUGCCUGCACACCAUGGCGCCAUCACGGCCGGCGCUGAUAGAAGCACGCCCACAGACUGGUGGUGGCAGCGACCAUAGCGAGGUCGAGGUUUCGGAGGCCACGGACGAGUUUUGCGCGUCGCCGACCACUGGAGGUCAUGGUGCCGAUUCCUUGUUCUCGGCUGGCCAGUUGGCCAUGGAGAUUCUGGCCACGCAUGGUGAUCCGUUUUACGCUGGCCUCACUGGGCUAGAGCUGCGCGAUACAGAAGGACGCUUGAUUGCGCUGCAGGCAUCGAGUUUGUGGGCAGAGCCGAGGGACUUGAAUGCCUUGCCAGACGUUGACGGUGAUCUACGCACCCUGGACAAGCUGGUGGAUGGGGUCACGCGCACGACGGACGACGAGCACAUGUGGCUCAUUCCGUUCACGGUGGGUGCAGAACACUGGCUCAAGGUACAGUUGCCAGGUCCCACAGUUGUGGCAUCGAUUCGCGUGUGGAACUACAACAAGAGUGUGGACGAUGUGGGCCGAGGUGUGCGAAGGUUGCGGGUUUACGCGGACGGCGAGCUGGUGUCUCCAAGCUCGGGCUUUGCCCUACGCCCGGCCCCGGGUCACGCUCAUUUUGAUUUCGGCCAAGAAUUGCUUCUUGACGGAGUUGAUCGUCAAGCAGCGUCACGGGCAGCAAUUCAGGCGCAAGGCGACCAAGAGGAGUACGCGACUGCCUGUGUCACGGCGGCACGACUGUGUUAUGCACCCAGCUGGCUGCCAGCGGGAUCAUGGUUGAGAUUGUGCAUUUUGUCGACAUGCGGAGACCCACAUUACGUGGGGUUGAAUGGUCUGGCGCUCUUGGACACGGCCGGCCAGCCCAUUCACAUCUCGCCCGAGAUGCUGGUCGCCAGUCCACACAGUAUCAACGUGCUUCCGGCUGUCUCUGGGGACGUGCGGACGCCGGACAAACUGGUGGACGGACAGAAUGAAACGGCAGACGAUCGUCACAUGUGGUUGACACCGUUCUUGCCUCGGGGUGGCAAUGCUGUUGACAUCUUGCUCCCGGCUGCGCAGUGCUUGGGUGGUGUCCGUCUAUGGAACUAUCGCAAGACGCCGCGUCGCGGUGUCCACCACUUUCAACUGCUCCUGGAUGGCUUGUAG